CCCCCGCCCGGCCCGGCUUCCGGCCACUCUAGCCCCGUCGUCUCGAUGGUACGGACUCCUUUCUCGUCUUGCUGGGGUACUCUGUCCCGUCUGGCCUUUCCUCCAGCAGGAAGAGUGGCCUUCGGACUCUGAGAACGCGAACAAAUCUGGAGAAAAUGACCCAUUGGUUUCAUAGGAACCCAUUAAAGGCUACAGCUCCUGUGUCUUUUAACUACUAUGGCAUGAUCACUGGCCCUCCUGCUUCAAAAAUUUGCAAUGACUUGAGGUCAUCCAGGACGCGGCUCCUCGAACUGUUCACUGAUCUGAACUGUAACCCAGAAAUGAUGAAGAACGCAGCAGACUUGUAUUUCUCACUUUUACAAGGGUUCAUAAAUUCAUUGGAUGAAUCUACCCAGGAAAGCAAAUUACGAUACAUUCAAAAUUUCAAGUGGACUGAUACAUUACAAGGGCAGGUUCCAAGUACCCAGCAGGAUGCUGUUUUUGAAUUAAUUUCCAUGGGUUUUAAUGUGGCAUUAUGGUAUACCAAGUAUGCUUCAAGACUGGCUGGAAAAGAAAAUAUAACUGAAGAUGAAGCAAAAGAAGUUCAUCGAAGCCUGAAAAUUGCAGCUGGGAUUUUUAAACAUUUAAAGGAAAGUCAUAUCCCCAAACUUCUUACGCCCGCAGAAAAAGGAAGGGAUCUAGAGGCGAGGCUCAUGGAUGCUUACAUCAUUCAGUGCCAGGCUGAGGCCCAAGAAGUAACCAUUGCCCGAGCAAUUGAACUAAAACAUGCUCCUGGACUGAUUGCUGCAUUGGCCUAUGAAACAGCCAAUUUCUAUCAAAAAGCAGAUCAUACUUUAUCCAGUUUGGAGCCUGCGUACUCUGCUAAAUGGAGAAAAUACCUUCACUUGAAAACAUGCUUCUACACGGCUUAUGCUUACUGUUACCAUGGUCAGACUUUGUUGGCUAGUGAUAAAUGUGGAGAAGCAAUCAGGUCUCUUCAAGAAGCAGAAAAAUCAUAUGCCAAGGCAGAAGCUCUGUGUAAAGACUAUGGGGAAACGAAAGGACCAGGACCCACAGUCAAGCCAUCAGGACACUUGUUCUUCAGAAAGCUGGGAAGCCUUGUGAAGAAUACCCUAGACAAAUGCCAGAGGGAGAAUGGCUUCAUUUACUUUCAAAAAAUUCCAACAGAAGCCCCACAACUGGAACUCAAAGCAAAUUAUGGGCUGGUAGAGCCUGUGCCUUUUGAAUUUCCUCCUCCAAGUGCUCUCUGGACACCAGAAACAUUGGCUGCGUUUGAUCUCACCAAGAGACCCAAGGAUGACAGUGCCAAACCCAGGCAAGAAGAAGAAGUGAAGCCUGUGAGAGAACCAGAUAUCAAACCUCAGAAGGACACCGGGUGCUCUAUCUCCUAAAGUGUGAUACACACGUAGAAUCCCUCCACUAGUCGAUAAGAUAAACCGUGGGACUGAAGUCUGUAGUUCUUGAUUUCUCUGAAGCCCAUAGGAUAAUAAAUUCAGAGGGACAUGGCCUUUGGUUUAUUUUUUCUUUAUUUUAACAUAGAGAUGGUUCAUGUUUCCAGACUCUCCUUUCUUAAAUCAGGACAACCUUUGGAAGGCUUUGUAUGUGCCGCUAAUGAGUGUGAGGGUUGGAUUGCUUUGAACUCUAGGUAGUGAGUUUCAAGUUAAUGUGUUUUCAGGUGUGUUUUUCUGCCUUUACCAAAAAUGUUGACUUUUCCUUCCUAUUUGAUGGCAGAAGAAUGAUAGCUUGGGUUUUGAACAGAGGUUUUUCCUCUCACUGUUGUUUUCAAAUUAUUGCUGACUUGGUAAGCCCUGAAUCAUUUGUCUUCUGGUAGAAAAAAAUCAAAGUUAAAGACCAGAAAACUUUCAAACCUUCCUUACACAUACCAAAAUCUAUCAUAUACUUGAAAACCAGCGUUUACCAGUGUGUGGCUUACUUGAAAAUGAGCAAUGAUAGAUCUGUUGAGACUGUUCAGAACUUGCUGUUACCCUGGUGGUCCCAUGCUUUGUCACUCACCUUCAGUAACCAGCCAGUGGUGGUGGUCUUUUGUUUCUUUAUUUGUUCUGUUUUAAUUUUUGUGCAUUUCAUACAGUACUUCUUGAUCUUAUUUAGACCCUUCCCCUAGCUGCACAGCCCCCUCUGGAUUUUAUGCAUUCUGUCGUAUAUGUUAAGGCCUUCAAGUUUGUGUCCCCAAAUGUCUCUUGGAGUGAGUUCAUCUACUGGAUGCUAGUCAAGUCCACCAAUCUAACAAGACAGUGGUUUUUUACAAGUACAUUUUGUAAUAAAUUUUUUACUUAAAAUAGAGAGCUUUGUACUGGCACUUGGAAUUUCUAUGUAAAGAGAGAUGAAAGGAAUGGAAAAUGCUUUUUGAAUCAAGAAGUAAAAUAUUGUAUGAUGUGAAGAAAACCUUUAUAAACUCAGAUGAAAUGGGUUGUCCUGAAUACACUGGCAAUGUCUUUGUUAAGAAGAUUUAGGAAAAUGCCUUUUGUUAUCUGAUUUCCAUGUCCAUUGUUUUUAAUAUGCUUUUCUAUCACACAUACAUACAUACAUACAUACAUACAUACAUACAUACAUAUCCUAUCAAAAUUGUGUUGCUUUAGGCCAAAGGCUAUAGCAGCAGAAAGUUAGGAAAUAGAUACAGAUAACAAUAUGAUCUUCAAAGUGGAUUGUGGUAUCUAUACAAAUUUGGAUAUGUACAAAGUUGGGAAAUAGUGGGUGUGUAAUACUUCAAGAAAAGUCAGAAGUCUGUGGGUUAUCCUAAUUAUUCUCCUGAAGUGUUCAUUUCCUUUUAUCACUGACAGAUUGGUUCACUUAAUAGGAAUAAUAGUAGUUGUGUAUUUCGAGAGCUUGCUAUGUGCCAGACAGUUUACUGGGCACUUAGAUUAAACCUUUGAGUUCGCAUAGCAACACCGUGCGAAGUACGUAAAGUUUGUACAAAAGUAUUGAAAUAGGAAUAUACAUUUCAUUAUGAAGAAUGAACAGAUUACACCUGUCAAUCAAGGCUGUGUUCAAUAAAUAUACAAUUUAUACUCCUUUUAAAAAGCUACAUAGAAUCAGUGAGGGUUUUUUUAUAUGUAGAAAUGCUGAUUACUGCUUACAGUACAGUUCUUAAUAUUUGAAGCUGCUGUCUUCCAAGUAUUUGGAGUAGCUACUGAAUGGGCAUUAGUUUUAUUUUGCUCUCUGUAGAAAAAAAGUACUUUAUUAAAUUUCAGCGUAUUUUGGUAGUCCUUCCUAGUGUCAUUUGUUGUUAUAUACCAGUUACUGACAAAACUUUAAAUAGUACUUGAUGCUGGCUCUUUACUUCGCCUGCAGGACCUCUUGUCUUAGGUACUAGUGCUCAUUAACCUAGAUAGUAAAUUUUCACAUUGCAGUUCUUGUGUACUAACCUGCCAUACGGGAAAUGAAAACACAUAAUACACUCAUUGCUUCUGUAAAAUGCAGUAAAUACACUAUUUAAAUCCAUAAUUGGCAACAUUCCCAUAAUCAGAUAGUAAAUCUUCUGCAAAAGUAACACUGUAUAACUAACAUAUCCCAUUAGAUAAGUUUUUGAAGUGGUUGGGAAAUCAUUGGCUGUAAAGAACUUGCAUGAAGGCUGUGGAGAGAUGUAACUAUUAGCUGUUGUAGAUCUCUCAUCGGGCAAGGGCAGCUAGCAUGCUGCAUCUACUAUGUGUUAUUUGUAUAAUGAUUUAUCUUUUUAUUUAUAAAAUAAAAGCACUUUUACUUACA